GGCAAUGUUAGACCGUUAUGUGCCCAAAAUGGUCUCACAUGUCAAAUCCGACUCCAUUUUUGGAUUCCACACGCCUAAUUUCGGAAAUUUUCGUAUUCCCGGUAGUGCACUCAAACAUUGGCCAAAAAUUAGUCCUUGAGCUCUUUCUCAGGGCCCAACAAAUUAAAAAAACGAACGUGAACGCUUUCCGAAUGACCUAACUUCCUAAUUUUGUGAGGUAUCGCCCUGGUUAUCGCCUUGGGGUUUUUUUUGCGUUCGACAAAGAAGGGAUGAGAGCGUAUAGCGUAAUAACUAUUGCACCAUUUUCAAAAACCAGAUAGGUAAUACUUUUUCGUUUUUGGAGUUUUUCUUCCAAUUUUGAUCCACUUUCGUAUCGGAAAUUUGGUGACAUUUUGAAAAUUCAAAUUCAGCACUCUCGAAAACAUAAACGUGCUCAUAAAAAGAUCUCACACUUAUUAAUUGAAAGAAUCUCAUGCAGUUUUGCAAAAUUCCGCAGCUGCCGGUUUCAAAAUUACGAAGGAAUCAAAUUCGGGGGGGCCAACUUCACAACUGCCCCCCAAGUUUACAAAUUUUACUUUUUUUCUUGUGAUCGUUUGCGCAUGUUUGCGCUCCCAAUAUCUUCGUUCGCACCCCCAUCGUUUUUGAGUUAUUCCAAAUACAAAAUUCUAUACUGGCCCCCCCAUUUUUCAAAUUUUGACACUACAGGCUCCUUUCUUUGCCUAACAAAAUAACAGAAAGUCCACAUCUUAACAAAUAAAUUUUUUAUUGGGGACAUGCCGGGUUUUUGGCAAUGUUAUAGGCCGUUAUGUGCCCAAAAUGGUCUCGCAUGUCAAAUCCGACUCCAUUUUUGGAUUCCACACGCCCAAUUUCGGAAAUUUUCGUAUUCCCGGUAGUGGACUCAAACAUUGGCCAAAAAUGAGUCCUUUUGGGCUCUUUCUCAGGGCCCAAAAAAUUAAAAAAACGAACGUGCACGCUUUCCGAAUGACCUAACUUCCUAAUUUUGUGAGAUAUCGCCUUGGGGUUUUUUUUGCGUUCGACAAAGAAGGGAUGAGAGCGUAUAGCGUAAUAACUAUUGCACCAUUUUCAAAAACCAGAUAAUUCUUUUUCGUUUUUGGAGUUUUUCUUCCAAUUUUGACCCACUUUCGUAUCGGAAAUUUGGUGACAUUUUGAAAAUUCAAAUUCAGCACUUUCGAAAACAUAAAAAUGCUCAUAAAAAGAUCUCACACUUUUAUUAAUUGAAAAAAUUUCGUGCAGUUUUGCAAAAUUCCGCAACUAAACGCCCUGCAAUCUGUAGAAAUCCUUCCUUUUCACAAUGUCACAAAUUUUCACUUAGUGACUAGUUGACUAUAUCCGAAGAAUGUGAAUGAAACAUUGCAUGAGAGUGGCCAUGAAGGAGUGUUUGCUUUCAGUGGCAUGAUUUUGAAUAUUUGUCCUCGCUUGCAUACUAUUUUUUUUCAGAAAAAUGCUUUCCUUUUAGUAGGUACCAUCACUGAUUAGCAUUAUUUAAAUACUCUUGCUGGUAGUAUCUAGUAUAUGAUAAGCGUCUGAAGCUAUACCAUCCAUACUUUGUAUGGUUUUGAUUUAUAGUACAAUUUAUAGGAUUUUGCUUGCACGGAAGUCAAGAAAUGUUUUGUAACUAUGUUAAUUGUUUAUUCAGAUACAGCUGCAUUAUUAUAUACUUACUGUCUUUCAAAUACGCUCAUUCAAUCUGCUUAUUUCUUACGCAGCGAUCAGAAAACUUCUUAUCUACGACUCGAGAAAAACAUGAGAUAAACUUAAAAUACUACGCAAAUAAUUCCUAACUGAAUAAAUCUAGUCUUUGAACACGUAAUUUAAUUAGAAUUACCAAAACAAAAGACACAAAGAAUUAUUUAAACAAAAUCAAACAUCGGCAGCGGCAUUCAGGUACAUUUAAAAAUGAACUUGAACUGAGUAAUAAAACUUUCUGUACGUAAUGAAAUGAUUGUUACAGAACAUUCCUUGAAAAACUCUCAUUGCAUAUUACGCUACUUGGCCUUUAGAUAUAGUUUUGCUUCUUGUAGGCGUUAUUGACAGAAAAUUUUAUACCGCGAGACACUGUCGUGCAAGAAAACGGCAAGGUGCUACCGGAAUUCGACGAGUCUAGGAUGCACUUCUCGAUGGACGAAAGGUACGCGGAGAAGACGCGAACGAGACCGCUUAAAUUUAAGAAGAAACUCUACGAAUUUUUCACGGCGCCCAUAACGAAGUUUUGGUCUAAUUCUAUCGCCUACCUGAUGUUCCUCAUGUUGUUUAGUUACGUCGUGCUGGUGAAGAUGGGGCCGACGCCGACGUGGCAAGAGCAUUUGGCCAUUUCGUUUAUAACGGCGAUGGGUUGCGAGAAGGUGAGAGAGAUACUUUCGACUGAACCCGCCGCUCUCAGUCAUAAGCUGGCCGUUUGGAGUUUGAACAUGUGGAAUCCUUGUGAUGCUAUCGCUAUAAUAUUUUUCUUAGUCGGUGUGUCGUUAAGAUUACAAAAUGAAACUAGUGAAAUUGGUCGAGUGAUGUACUGUGUCGAUAGUAUUUACUGGUAUUUGCGUAUUCUGAAUAUUUUAGGCGUUAAUAAGUAUUUGGGCCCACUGGUAACCAUGAUGGGGAAAAUGGUUAAAAACAUGAUCUACUUCGUAGUACUUUUGCUGGUUGUACUUAUGAGUUUUGGCGUGUGUCGACAAGCUAUUCUUUAUCCGGAUAAAGAGGCCAGUUGGAGACUCGCACGAAAUGUAUUUUAUGAGCCAUACUUCAUGUUGUACGGAGAGGUUUUCGCCGAUGGAAUAGACCCUCCCUGUGAAGAAGGACCGGACGAUCCGAAAUGCGUAACCGGGCGUUGGAUUACUCCCGCGGUAAUGUCGGUGUACUUACUAGUCGCAAACAUUUUGCUCAUUAAUUUACUUAUCGCCGUAUUUAAUAAUAUCUUUAUGGAAGUAAACGCGGUCGCGCAUCAAGUGUGGAUGUUUCAGAGGUUUACCGUGGUUAUGGAAUACGAACAGAAACCGAUCCUACCUCCCCCGCUCAUUUUUAUAUGUCACUUGUUCCUACUGUUUAAGUAUCUCAAACGUAAACUGAAGGGCAUUCGAGAGACGUAUGAUAACGGCCUAAAAUUGUUCUUGGAGAAAGAAGAUAUGGAGCGACUCUAUGACUUCGAAGAGGAAUGCGUCGAGGGAUAUUUUGCUGAGCAGGAGUACAAGCUGCAUCAGUCAACUGAUGAACGAAUAAAAUUGACUACGGAGAAAGUUGAAAAUAUUGUUCAGAAAGUGGAAGAUAUUAAUACAAAAGAAAACAACCAAACCUCCUCGAUGCAAAGUGUGGAGUUUCGCCUCCGAAAAGUCGAGGAGGCAUCUCAAGAU